UUCAUUGUUGUAAAUUCAUAAUAAUAUAUAGUUAUUUAUACUAUAUUUAUGUACUCAACUAAGUCAGCUAACUCAAUAAUUAAUAGCCAAUUCAAUUGUUAAUUGACAAUUAAUUUUGUACUAUACGGCCUAUACUCUAAAGUGUAUACGUCUGUUUUCAAUAAUCUGUUUUUUAAGUGAAUACCUAUUACUUAUUAAAUUUAUUAUUAAUAAUAUGUAAUUCCACCUGUUUUAUUUUUAAAAAGAAAUUCCACUUUGUUAGACUCGUUAUCAUGGCUAAAUAGAUUUAUUUAUUAAUAGCUGUGUACGAUAAUUGUUAAGAGAGACAGUGUGUUGUGUUUACUGUUUACACACUUACACAAAUAUUUUUUUGGAACGAACUCAGUUAUUUGUUUUUGAGUUUUUACUGUACCCAAAUAUUUAACUAUUUUUUAUUAUCCAUACAAUUAUAUUAAACUACAUAACCACAAAUACAUUUUCAACAUGAACAAGAGAAGGUAUCCAUAUGGUGUUGAUAUGUGUCCUCAGUUAAAAAUACACAUUGGAGAGAAACAAGUUGCUAAUGGAGUUUUGGGACCAUCAAAAAUGUCUGAAGUUUAUGAAAAAACUAAGCAGAUGUUGUUUCAAAGAGCAGGAGCAUCGUUUGAAGUAAUAGAGCAUGCUGUGGUUGUUGAUAAAAUUCCAUGCGACAGUAAACCAUCUAAACAAAUGCAGUUAACAUUUGAUGGAAAAUUGUGCAGGCCUGAUGUUUUAAUUGAAAAUUCAAACAUGUAUAAUUACAAUCAAGAAAAAUGUAAUUUUUGUUCAAAAACAGAAAAGUUGGAUUUUUGUGGGAUAUGUGGAGAAAUAUUUUGCAACAUGUGUUCAUUUUCUUUAUUUGGCGAUGAAGUGAGUAAAAUGUGUUUAACAUGUUAUAAAUAAAUGUAAAAACUUAAAUUUUUUGUAAAAAGUGUGAUUUAUGUUUAUUGAUUUAAAGUUUAUUAGACAAUUGAAUUUUUAAUGUAAACCUCGUUUGUUUUUUAUUUUAUUAAAUUAAAUCUAUUAGAUCUAUUUUUAAAUAAUGUUACAAAAGUAAUUUAUUCAACUGUUGAACUGUUUUUUUUAACAUACUUUAAAGUUUAAUUUUGAUUUUUUAAUAUAAGUAAUAAGUAAUAACUUAUUUUUUCAAUAAAGCUAAUAUAAUAUCUUAAAAUUUUGUAUUUAUUACUUUAUGUACCUAUACAAGAUGUAUGUACAAAUUACAGUUUAUGUUAAUUUAAGCUUGUUACAUGGUUACAAAUCCAUUAUCUGGCUUGUCCCAUAAACAAACACAAACGUUUAUCAAUUAAUAAAUGUAUGUUUAACCGUUCAUAA